AUGUCCACGGAGCGCGCGGCCCUCACGCACCUCGAACACCUCUAUCAGACCGAUCCGCGCGCCCAGCAGGAUCUUGCGCGCGCAGUGGACUUGAUUGCUCAUACUGUACGCGAGGCGGGCAAGUUGGUUGUAUGCGGGGUGGGCAAGAGUGGGAAGAUUGGACAAAAGAUUGAGGCGACGAUGAAUAGUUUGGGGAUUUAUAGUGCUUUUUUGCAUCCGACGGAGGCGUUGCAUGGGGAUUUGGGAUUGGUGAGACCGAACGAUACGAUGCUUCUUAUCUCGUUCUCUGGUCGCUCGCCGGAGUUGCUGUGUCUGCUCCCGUAUAUUCCUACUACAGUUCCCAUCAUCGCUCUCUCGUCACAUACUGAGCCUGAUGCCUGUCCAUUACUUUCAUUGCAUGGCCCUCUCGGGAUGGGAGUCCUGUUGCCAGCACCUAUCCACGAACAGGAGGAAGCUUCUCUAGGUGUCAGUGCCCCGACAUCAUCGACAACGGUGGCUCUAUGUCUGGGAGAUGCCUUGGCUAUCGCUACGGCAAGGAAACUGCACACUGACCCAGGAAGAGGCCCGGCCGAUGUCUUCCGCAGUUAUCACCCCGGAGGUGCCAUUGGAGCAGCCGCAGCAGCAGCUGGAGCGACGCCGUCGACCACACCGUCCAGCGGGGUGUCAACGGCAGCUUUCGACUCUCCUUCUUCAUCAAUUUCCUUGCCCUGGGAAGAGUUCUCCAACGGCUCGUCUAUUCCACCAUUUAAUCUCCAACAACCCCCAGAACAUCGGUCAAUAACAUCAGAUAUGAUCGUCCCCCUCGACCAAAUUCCUACAGCCUCGGCAUCCUCUGCACAGACUGCUAGUGAUGUACGAUUACUGGAUAUACUCCUCACAGCUAUCCAACAUCCAAACGCCAAAUCAUGGGUCUUCUUGUCCGCCUCUGAACUAGUCCCGCCUCGACGAAUCCGUUCUCUCCUUUCACGAAAUACAGACGUCGACCUGCGCGUGUCAGAUGUCGUGGCUCAAGACUCUGGUCAACCACUCGCCGUAUCCCGGGCCAAUUGGUUCCUGGUGGCCGAGUCCACCCCAUUGACCGAGCUGCGUCGUCUCGUCUCCACAUCCCGAGAUGGCCCAGAUCCUAUAUCAGUCAUUGCCGUUUUGAAGGAUAUUACCUCUCCGGCCAGCUGUAUCGGGGUCAUGGAGGCAGAGGAUCUCUGGAGUGGAUAA